AUCAAACCGGAACCCUCUGACUGCCAGACAACCGCUCUUACCUCCUGAGAUAUAUGUAUAGCCUAUUUUUUUUAAAUCGCGCUUGCCUAGCUUCUUCUUAUGCCUGCUCCAACGUUCUGUGUAAUGUUUUCCAUCCAAUCAUUUCUUCAGUCAUAACAGACGGUAUAUUCAGUAAAAAGUGGCGGAUUGUAUACAUCUCUAUCCAAUACGCUCGUUGAGUAGAAUUGCGCAAUCGCGUAAUUCAGGGUAAACUGGCAUUGGAAAAUGUCUAAAUUUGCAACGGUUAUGACUUAUUGAUGCUGUUUUGGUAUUUAAAAUUGCAGAAUAUUCAUGAGUAGCCUACUCACAGGCGUUGCACAAUUCCAGCUGGUAGCCUAGCUCGCGAUUAGAGCAAUGCAAAUCGUUCCGACAGCACAAAAAAAAGAGAAAAGAAACACCAGUUAAAUACGCCUGAAGACCAUUAUCUGUAUUUCAGUACCGUGAACACUAGGGCUUACGCCUCUCAUACUCUUCCCGGUGGAGACUUCAUCAGUAGGCAGCUGUUUGUACUUGGGAAUCAAGCAACCAUGGUGGAUAAUGAAGUUUUUGCGUCUUUCGUUUUCUACAGCACGCUUCUUAUACUUAAAAUGUACAUCCUUGCAAUUAUUACGGGGCAACAAAGACUUCAUCGAAAGGCGUUCUGUAACCCUGAAGAUGCCAUGAGACACGGAGGACUUCAGUACCACAGAGAAGAUCCCGAUGUUGAGCGAAGUAGGAGGGCCCAUCGAAAUGACAUGGAGAACAUCUUCCCUUUCUUGUUUCUGGGUGCAGUGUAUUCCAUAACCGAACCCACUUUACUUAUUGCCCGAGUUCAUUUCCAAGUCUUCUUUCUUGCACGAAUUAUGCACACUGUUGCAUAUUUGUUUGCCCUGAAAGCCCCUACUCGCUCUGUUUCUUACACAAUCGGCCAGGUGUCCUGCCUUUCCAUGCUAGUGCAGAUCCUCCUCACUGUGGGUUCACACUGGUGAAAUUAUGUCAGCAGCACCCAAUAUCAGGGACAUUGGUUCGCAAUUUUGAGUGCAUAGCAGGACAACAAAUGAAAAAUGUGCUCUGUGUUCUAUUUGUCAUGCUAUUUAAUAAUGUUCCUUAGUUGUCAUCUAUACAAGAUGUCAGUAUUUGAAGAAGACAAAGCCCUUGAAUUCACACAUGAAGGUUUUUAUAAAGGUUCUUGCCCCCCCUCCCAUAUUAAAGUUCAGCAAAUCUUGUAUCAAAGGAUUUAAAAAACGAUUAAUUAAACUUGCAUUCGUUAGCCAACAAGCUAUUUGUGAAGGUGAAUAAGUGAAUUUUAAUUUACAUAUGUUUGCAGGGAACAUUUUAUGUAAAUUUAUCAUUUUGUUUCAUCACUACUUAUCACGGUAGCAUGACAGUGUUUGCUGUGACCUACCCAUCGCUCUGUAUUCAAACAGGAUGUGAAACUUGUUUUAAAUGGUUUCAUCGUCUGUGGUAGAUUUUGUGACAGCACCUAAGUGCAAGCGUCUGUGAUACUCCUGUGCUGGUCUGCUGGGUAAACCUAGAAGCCCUGACUGAGCUGGUCAAAUAUGGGACUGGGCUGGAAUUUAGACAGCUCAGUGUGAAGGGCCUGCUGGAGCGCGGUGAAUGUUGUGAUGUGUGCUUUUGUCUUGUUCAGGCUUGAUUGCUGCCGUGCCCUUCAGGGAAGGUUUUCUGUUGGCUUCUGAAGCGACUGCUUUAUGACCAGGGUUAUGCAGUGUCUGAAAGGCACUUUAUAGGAGGUAUUUUUAAGCUUUACAGCUGAUGCACAGGGUGCCAUUUACUGGAAUGAACCGUAACAUUUGUAACACUGUUUAUCAGUUAUCAACCUGUUACCCAUACGUAUGAUGAUAUUACUUUGUGCUGAUACAGUUUUGUUAAUCAAACAUCGUAGCAUAACAAUAGAACUGUAAAGCAUUUUGAAGAUCCUGAAUGUGUUUCUUAAUGUGUUAUAUACAUCCUGAAUGUGUUUUGGUGUAGAAAAAUAGCUUUUAAUAGAGAGGAUUAUUUCCUUUCAUUAAUAUGUGGCUAUGUACAAUUACAGAAGAAAAAGGAUGAAAAAAAGAUUCACACUCUAAAGGAAAAAUAAGAUUAAUAUAUUUUUGAUAAAGAACAUGUUUUUAAAAAUAUUUAUGUAAUGUUUAUUUUUAUUUUAUAAUGACACACUGUUGUCAAUAGGAAAGAGUCAGUGAGAUGCAGUAUUGAAAAGGUGUUGGGAUGUAUCUAAAAUGAUUUGUAAGUUGAAGAUGAGCACUGUUUUGUGGGUUUCUCUCAGUGGGUUGGUACUGUGGGGUCUAGAACAAUAUACUUGAGAGAGCAUGAUGAAACCAUGUGACGCCGCAUUGCCUAAAUUAAUCAUUGAUUUGUAACCUAGUGCAGUAUUCAUUUCUUAUGUAUUUCAUGUUAUCAUUCUGCUAUUUGACACAUUUUCUUUUUCAAUGUAAUUUGCAUGGAGUUAGGAUUGGAUUAGGUAUUAACUGAUUAUUAUUAAGAAGAAUUAUUUUAAUAAAGCUUAUUGCUUUUUGCUUGUUUUAUCAAGGAAUGCAAAAAAUGUACCUAUGGAAUUACAGAACUUAGAAGAAACCUUGAUUAACUUAACAAAAUAUUUAUUUUACUACUGUUGCGACUGCUUUUAUUUUAUUUCCAUUAACUUCUGCUUCAACAAUUAAUUCUACAAAUAAUUGCUUCUGUUUUUUGAGACACAUGCAAUACUGUCCUCUUAUCUAUGUUUCUUAAAGAUGGAAAGAUAUUUAGGAAUAAUUAUUUCUUCUCAUAUGUCUAGUUGCUUAAUAUGGUGGAAUAUUGUCAAGUUGUAGAGGACAUAUUAAAAGUAAUAGGAAAUGUUUUAUUUCCUGGUUUAUAGAUCAAAGGUGUGAAACACAAAAGAUAUUGUAUAUGUGAGGCAAUCCAUUAGCAAAUGUAAGCUUGCAUUUCAGAUAUAUCUCUGAAUGGAAAAGCUGGGCAUAGUAUUGAGCCAAUGCGAUAUUCUGUUUCGUGUGUUUAAAUGUAUGAGCCAAGGUCAUCUGCUGGUAUGCAGAAGGAAUUUAAGAAUCCAUCCUGUUUGUACCUGCCAGCUCCUGAAUAGCCCUUUGAGAAAAGUCUGUACCUGUGUGGUAAAAUCAAAAAAGGGAGAGUGGUCAGCCUUUUUCUUCUCAUUAAGGCACACCUUUCUACUUUUGACAAUGUUUAUACUAUUCUAAUAGCUUAGCUUUAUGUUAAAUUAAAGUAUGUUUUAGCAUUAAAUUGACUUAACUUUGAGUUUUCAAGUGUCAUUGUUAUUAUAAUUUUUCAGGAGUUAUCUAGUGAAGCAGGAGGAUCUGCUUUCCAAUGCUGGAGAGAUGUUAUGUGCUAGGCCCAAGGCCCAGAUUGCAGUCCUUUACAUAUCCAGGGCUUUAUUCCAGCAUUCUUCCCUGAGUUACAUAAAGGCCUCUGGACUGUACCCGAGGGGCUGGAAAGGGGAAGAGCCAAACAUGGGUUGUUUAUUUUACUGCUAAGACUUCAGUGAAAAUGAACUCUCUCUCUCUCACACACACACACACACACACUCACUCCUCUCUCACACACACACACUCUCACUCCUCUAUCUCACACACACACUCACUCCUCUCUCUCUCUUUCUCUCUCCCACACAUACAUACAAAGCCUGUCUUUACCAUCAAAACCAAAAGCGUAAUUAUUAGUAUUAUCCUUACGCUUUAAUGUAAACGGUUUAGUGUUUGGUUUAAUGAAGGUGACUACCUGUUUUAACUUGUCUUCUGCUUACAAGGGAAAAUUUAAAAUGCUCUCGUCCACAGGCACGUAAUACUCUUUGUGGAAGAGAGAUUACCCUGCUUCUGCCUAUAUAUUCCCUUCUCACGGGAUGAGUGCAAUUUAAUGUGAAGUAAAGCUUUCAAUUCUCUGCUGCCACUUCCUGUCUGUCCUGAGCUUAUGUUUCCUUGCGAAUGUAGUGAUUUAAUAAUCUCUACUUCUAUAUAAUAAAUUAUGCUUUGGUCACAUA